ACGCUGGGUUCGGGGAACAUUCAGACUUCUCGGCCGCAAAAGGGCGAUGGCUGAGGACGCAAAGCAACUGUUUUCGACGGAGGAAUGGCUCUCCUUCCCGGAGAUCGAGAAGAAUCGCUUCGAGAAUAUCCUGAGGAACUACAAAGCGAUGAAAGACUUUGGACUGGACCCCAAGGUCCCGGAGUUCGUCGUGCGACAACAGAGGAGGCGACGCAACGGGCUCGUCGCGCCCACAGCCAGGCCACCUCGAGUCCCCGACGACGAGGGAGACGACGAGUGGACGCCCGAGAAGGAGAGAUCUAGCAGGUAG